GACGUCAGGUCAGUCCGAAAACAUGGCGAACGCUGGUGGAAUGGCCGCAGAUGGAGACAUGAUGAGAUAUUCUGAAUACAGUCCAAAAACCAGCGUGAGGAGCGAUGCAGAGAUAGACAGACGGCUGGGAGGGACUCUGAUUGCUGUGGGUCUUGGUGUUGCUGCAGCAGGUUUUGCAGGUCGUUAUGCAUUCCAGCUGUGGAAGCCCCUCGGGCAAGUCUUCUCAGAGACUGUCAAGAAAAUGCCCUCAUCAGCUUUCUCAUCAUACUACAAAGGAGGAUUUGAGCAGAAAAUGUCCAGACGAGAGGCAAGCUUGGUUCUGGGCAUCAGCCCAACUACCACUAAGACCAAGGUACGAGAGGCCCAUCGUAGGAUCAUGAUCCUGAACCAUCCAGAUAAAGGUGGAUCGCCGUACCUCGCAGCCAAGAUCAAUGAGGCCAAAGACAUUUUGGAUAAGGAGUCCCGACGAUGACCUGCUCUAUUAACAAACACUUUAAAGACUUCCAUCGCCCGUGCAUGAUCUCAGUUCAGUAGCAGUGCUUCAACAACAUCAACACAAAGGCAUCUAAUCAGGCUCCUGGAAGAUGGAAAGGAAUACACUUUUAAGACAUUUCAUUCCUUAAUAAGGUCAAGCAACUUUCACCUCAUCUGUCAACGUUGUUAAUACUAAAUGUGGAUGAAGAGUGCAUAAAUAGUCCUUGACAUAAGUGGUCGUCAUUUAAAUUAUGGAUUUAAGGGUAGCAGCUCUACAUGGCGACUUGAUGUUAAGAAAAAAAAAAAAAAGAUCAGUACUAUUAAUAUGUUCAUUACUUGCUGAUUUAACAUAGGCUGCUUUAAACUUUGAGUCUGAAAAAUUAAUCUAGAGUGAAAGAGCCUCGAACCUGCAUUCUUUCUAAAGGCUAGAAAAGGGCAGCUUUUCUUGUUAGAAAUAAUGAGAUCAGAUCUGAGCAGAAAGAGAAAAUGGCUCUACAUGUCACUUGUUUUGCCAUCUAAAAAUUCUUCCAAAGGAGAUAUAGUCCCAGUUGCUUGUUUUGAAUCUCAGUUAUGGCCAUAAAUGCCAUGCAGUUAAUGCACAGAAUAAUUCAGGAGGAAACAACUUCAUAAAUGGUCUGUCAGUCAGGAUGUUUGUGUAGAAAGGUGCAGCUAACUUGCUGUCCUAAAAUGUCUCUUUCAGCUGCAGAAAAUCAAGAUUUUAGCGGCAGAAAUUCACACUGGUAGCUCACAAACCAGCGUUGAAAGCUUCCAUUCACUUUUUUAUUCCUGCAUAUUAAUUUAAAAGGUUAAAGGGAGCAAAAUAAUCUAUUUAAGGUACCUUAGAAUAAUAAAUUAAUUCAAGUUCUGAGUGUAAACAGUUAAUGACGGAGUUGUGAAACAUUUUUCUAAAUAAAGAUUAUUUAAAAACA